GGCAGUGGAGGGAACUCACCACCAGCACCAUGACUUGCCGCAUACAUCCUCCCUGUAUUACACUUUCCCCGUUGUGCGUCGUGCGCAAAUGUUCACGCGACAUGACCGGCUCUUGGUUAUUGACGGCGAAGUGGUCACGCUGAUGCCGGCGGAUCACCGGACGGAGUCGGCGAAAACCCUGACAUUCCAUAUAAGUAAUAUCGUGUGUAAACGUAACCAGAGAUCUCCGAAGAAAAUUCGCUUGGUGGUUUUGCGUAGAUCUAGUUCAGCGGAGAAGUCGGUUGAUUUGGAGACGGCUUCGGAGGAGGAUGCUGUGAGUAUUUGCUCGAUCCUUGUGAGAAUGCGUGAGAUUUACGCUAAUAAUAAUGGAGGUAGCGUUUGAAGAAGAAUAACAAGAAAAAAAUUGCCCCUUUUUUUGAAUGGGGUGGAGGGGUUUUUUUCCUAUUCGCUUUUUUUGUCAUGUGCGUUUAAUGAUAUUGUUGCCACAACUAUAAUAU